AUGUCACUGUCAGUUAUCAAAUCCUCCUGCCGCCGACAUCUUGGAUCCGACCGGAGAGACGCGGAGUCCGAGGAGGAGCGGAGGAACGCCGUGGACGCGUUCCGGGUUAACGUGAUCCACGCCCGGCAGCAGGUGCGUUCCCCGGUCACCAACAUCGCUCGCACCAGCUUCUUCCACGUGAAGCGCUCCAACAUCUGGCUGGCGGCGGUGACCAAGCAGAACGUGAACGCCACCAUGGUGUUCGAGUUCCUGUAUAAGAUGUGUGACGUCAUGGCCGCGUACUUUGGCAAGAUCAGCGAGGAGAACGUCAAGAACAACUUCGUCCUCAUCUACGAGCUGCUCGACGAGAUCCUGGACUUUGGGUACCCUCAGAACUCGGAGACCGGAGCGUUGAAAACCUUCAUCACUCAGCAGGGCAUUAAGAGUCAGCACCACACUAAGGAGGAGCAGUCUCAGAUCACCAGUCAGGUGACCGGUCAGAUUGGUUGGAGGAGAGAAGGAAUCAAAUACAGAAGAAAUGAACUUUUCCUCGAUGUGUUGGAGAGUGUGAACCUGCUCAUGUCUCCACAGGGCCAGGUGCUCAGUGCUCAUGUCUCAGGUAGGGUGGUGAUGAAGAGUUACCUGAGCGGGAUGCCGGAGUGUAAGUUUGGGAUGAACGACAAGAUCGUCAUCGACAAGCAGAGCAGAGCGAGUUCAGAGGACGGAGGGAAGAGUGGUAAACAGUCCAUAGCGAUUGAUGACUGCACGUUCCAUCAGUGUGUCCGUCUCAGUAAGUUCGACUCGGAGCGCAGCAUCAGCUUCAUCCCUCCGGACGGAGACUACGAGCUCAUGAGGUACCGGACCACCAAAGACAUCAUCCUGCCUUUCAGGGUCAUCCCUCUGGUCCGAGAGGUGGGCCGGACCAAGCUGGAGGUCAAAGUGGUCAUCAAGUCCAACUUCAAGUCCUCGCUGCUCGCCCAGAAGAUCGAGGUCCGGAUACCGACCCCCCUGAACACCAGCGGAGUCCAGCUCAUCUGCAUGAAGGGGAAGGCCAAGUACAAGGCGAGCGAGAACGCCAUCGUGUGGAAGAUCAAGCGCAUGGCGGGCAUGAAGGAGUCUCAGGUCAGUGCAGAGAUCGAGCUGCUGCCGACCAACGACAAGAAGAAGUGGACCAGACCUCCGAUCUCCAUGAACUUUGAGGUCCCCUUUGCUCCUUCUGGUCUGAAGGUUCGUUAUCUGAAGGUCUUUGAGCCCAAGUUGAAUUACAGCGAUCAUGAUGUCAUCAAAUGGGUUCGUUACAUUGGACGAAGCGGCAUCUACGAGACGCGCUGCUGA